AUGCAGACUGCUUCUACAAACAUUUGUGAAAGAAUGUACAAUAAGUCCAUCUGUGAAAUUUCCUUGCUACUAAAUAUUCCACGGUCAACUGUUAGUGGUAUUAUAACAAAGUGGAAGCAACUGGGAACAACAGCGACUCAGCCACAAAGUGGUAGGCCAUGUAAAAUGGGAUCAGCGCAUGCUGAUGCGCACAGUGCGCAGAAGUCUCCAACUGUUUGCAGAGUCAAUAGCUAAAGACCUCCAUACUUCCUGCAGAUUAACACAGCAACAGUGUGCAGAGAGCUUCAUGGAAUGGGUUUCCAUGGUCGAGCAGCUGCAUCCAAGCCUUACAUCACCAAGUGCAGGGCAAAGAUUCGAAUGCAGUGGUCUAAAGCACACAACCACUGGACUCUAG